GAGGUGCCUGGCGCAGUGUGCGGCGCUCGGCACUGAGGCGCAGAAGCACGUCGAUCGGCUGGGGGAGCAGGCGGCCGCGCGCCGCCAGGGCUCGACCUGGAGGCUGCCAAAGGAGGUGUGCGGCGCGACGCGGCGGCGGUGCGACGUGCUGCACGAGGCGUUCUGCUCGGGGCUCCAGUGCCAGCUGAACGGCUCCGGCGCGGUCGGGGUCUGGCUGCCCCUGAAGACGGCCGCGCAGCCGCCGCCCGUCUCUCCGGGCGGUCUCGCGCGCUCGGAGGGCUACCUGGCUGCGCACAUGCGCUGCGCGCGGCGGUGUGCCUCGCAGCAGUACUUGACGGUGGAGCUGGGGCGCCCCUUGAGCCGCGCAGCGAUCGCCGAUGCCGCUGCCAGGCUCGAAGAGUGCGGGCUCGUGCACCUGUCCGGCGGGGCGUGGCCAGAGCAGUCGCUCUCGCGGCUCCAGGCCGCGGCGGCCGCGCUGUUGGGGCUCCCCGCCGACCAGCAGGCCGCGCUGAGGAGAGGCACGCCGGCGGCGGCCGGAGGCCCUCGGCAGGGGCAGCCUGCGGCGAGGCCACGGGCGUGCGAGGCCACCUCUGCGCGGCGCCGCUCGGCGGCCCUCUUCGUGCUCAUGCUUCAUGUCUGCCUUGAGCACGGCCAGACUCUUGGAGGUCAUUGCUCCAGAGCUUGACGUAGACCUUGCCCUGCUGAGCGGAACUCAGCUGCGAGGAAUUCUCUUUCCUGUUCUGCACCAGGAUGGGGCGCACGACGUCCUGCUAUACACGGCGCGCUCCCGACAGGCCUUGCCUCUCAGGAUCGACGGAGGUGCCAUCUCUCCCCCGAAGGAAGGUGGCGGAAGCAGAGUGGGGGCGCCUCCACCAGCGGAAACCAGC